AUGCUGGUGGUUCUCACCGUUUCGCCGAGCCCUUCUUCAGCUCCAAGCAGAUAUUCCAUGCCAGACUUCCAUCAGCGAGAUGGACAGGCCUUCGUCGACUUGCUGCACCCCGAGAGGAUGGCCGUCGUGGAUACCUGGGGCAAUGAAAGCCUCUUGUUGGUUCCUGGUGGCUUGAAAGCUGUUCAUGUCUCGAUCUUUGCACCCAUCGAAAUGGUGGAGAAGGACUUGGACUCAAAGUGGCUGAUUUGCAAAGGCGCCAACCUGGAAGCUCCAGCGAAGGAUGCCUGCGUGAAGUCGGUGUUCUCGCUGUGGCUCACCAGAGGCGCCUCUGUUCUGUGGCUGGCAGUGCCCUUCCUGGUGCUGCUGGCGAACUCUAAGAGCAGCGUCUUCCUCAGCGUGGUGAAGAAGCCCACCAGGCCCAGCGCUCCUUUGAGUGAGGAGCCACGGAAAGAAGCUCACCACGUCCUUUGUGCUGCCAUUGAGCACACCAUCCCAACGAGGAAUGUGAAGGUCUCUGCUGGUGGCCUGGGGAAGGUGCUUGACCAGAUGCUGCGGGAGCAUCCCAAAGGUCUUCUGAGCUUGGUUCAUCCCAAGUUUGGCGACGUAGACUAUGGUCCCAUGGAAGAAUUCACACAGCUGAAACUCAUCGUCGAUGGCAAGGAGCAAGUGGUCUCGGUCUACAAGUUGGAAGAUGAGCUCAAUGGCAUUAAGGGAACGCGCGACAUGAAGGAUUGGAUGAGUGAAAGAGGUGAUGCGGCAUGGUCUCCCUCCUGGCAGCGUUGCUUCCGGUUCAGUGUCAGGAAUGCUGCAGCCAUGACCGCAAGGCGGAAGACGGGCGAAGUCGCUGCGUGUUGCGAGCGAGCACUCAUGGCCAUCACAGGAGCAUUUAAUACUGCUGCAGAGGCAACUGUUUCGGUUGGUGUGGCAUCCAUCGGAGGAGUUGUCACGGUCGCAGGCCUCGCGAUUACUGGCGCCAUCAGCGCCACACACUUGGCCAUCGCUCCAAUGGCCGCUCCGUCGCUCUCGGCUCCUGGCAGUCCCAGACCGAUGGCGACGAUGGCGAAGGGCGAGCGCGUUGCACAGACGAUGACGACAGUGGCCUGUCAGGGGUCCAAAGACGAGGAGCUUCCGCCGCACGACUUCACGCCCAAAUUGUCCUCCGAACGGGUCGAUACAGAGGUCGAAGAUGUAGUCGUUGGAACUCUUUCGGGAGAGGCAAUGAGUGACAAUGGCUCCGCCUCAUCGAAAAGCUACAGUGAUGUGUGCAUUGAUCCAGAACAUGAUUCGGAUCCCUCUGAUCCGUCCAACACUUCUCCAAAGUCUUCCUCCAGCCGACGCUGGAAUCUCGGAAAGGGGAAGACACGAAAAGCGGCGGGCGGUGUGAUCUUGGGAGGAGGUGAUGAUGAUGAGACUGGGGAGAUCAUCACCUCGGCCGCUUUAGGCAUCAACAUCGACAACCCUGGGAAGAUCACCGACUUCUACGACGUCGGGAGAUCGAUAGGCGAGGGCUCCUUCGGGUCCGUCUUCAAGGCCUCGGUGAAGGCCACGGAGGCCAUCCGCGCGGUGAAGCGGAUCCCGCUGCCCAAAGCAGGCCGCGACAAAGACACGCGGCUGGACUUUUUAAAGGAAGAGAUUCGAGUGGCAAAGCUCUUGGAUCAUCCGGGUAUUGUGAAGCUUUUUGAAGUCUUCGAAGACCACAAGAGUGUCUACAUGGUCAUGGAACUGUGCAGAGACGGCGAUUUGGAAGAGCACGUGAUGGAGGGCGGCCUGAGUGAAUUGGACGCCGCUACGGUCAUGCAACAAGUCUUGCGGGGAGUCGCCUACAUGCACGCCCACAAGAUUUGUCAUCGUGACUUGAAAUCGGAGAACAUGCUCUUGGUGCUGCGGCCGCCAGCCAAGAAGGGCACCAAACAUGCACAUUCCAAGUUUGAGAGUGCAAUCCGCAUCUCGGACUUUGGCCUCUCCUGCUCCUAUGAGGACGGACAAGUAUUGAAACGGAACUGUGGCACUGACAGCCACAAGGCACCGCAGGUGUAUGCUCACGCGUACAACUACAAGUGCGACGUGUGGGCGUGUGGCGUGAUCAUGUACUUUUUGCUGAGCUGUCGAUUGCCCUUCGAAGGCAGAGACGCAGAGGAGCUUCACAAGAAGAUCAUGGCCGCCAAAGUCACGUGGUGUCAGGAAUGGAUGUCAAGAUCUGGUGAAGCCAUGAACUUGGCCAAGCAGAUGUUGAUGAACAACGAAGCGAAUCGCAUGGAAGCUGCCCAGGCUCUGAAGCACAAGUGGUUCAGCAAGCAGGUGCCUCGCAGGAGGUUGGCUGCAGUGGACCAGGAGAUUUUGCAUUCACUGCGCGGCUUCCGGAAGCUCAACAAGUUCCGGAAGGUCUCUCUGGCCGUGAUUGCCAGCAUGUUGCCUGAGAAGGUCAUCCGCCCUGGGCGGGAUCUGUUCGUCUACCUGGACAAGGAUGGCGAUGGCGAGGUGACACUCACAGAGCUGCGAGAGUCCAUGGAAGAGUUGAAAAAGAACAAGCCGACAGAUGCUGGCAUAGCAUCUGAGGAAAUCUUCUCCGAUGUUCGGCGUAAGAACACAGAGCCGGCAGCCAAGCCGUCCUUGCAUAAGCAGGCGUCCUUCCAGGCUGACGGGCAGUACCCAGCCUUUAGCUACACCGAAUUUCUGGCUGCGACCUUUGAUCGCUCCAAACACUCCACUGAAGCCGUCUGCAGAGCAGCCUUCCGCUGCUUUGACAAGGAUGGCUCGGGGCAGCUGGAACCCAGCGAGCUGGUGGAUGGCUACCUUUUGGGGAAGCUGGAAGCUGAGGAGGUGGAGCGAAUCAUGGAAGAGUUGGAUGCCAAUGGCGAUGGGGAAAUCGAUUUCCAAGAAUUUAUGACCAUGAUGUCUCACCAGGAGCCAGUGUCUCCGACCGAAGCAACGCCAAAGGCAAGUUGA